GUAGGUGACGUCAAAGCCCAGCGAUUUCUGCUAGUGACGGAGAGCGCCGGAAAGAGGAACUUGGAGAGUUUGUUUAAGUGUUUGUGUCGUUUUGCAGUAAUAUAGAAAGAUGGUGAGAAAGUUGAAGUUUCACGAGCAAAAGCUCUUGAAGAAAGUCGAUUUUAUCAACUGGGAAGUGGACAACAACUUACACGAGGUGAAGGUGUUGCGUAGAUUCCACAUCGAGAGGAGAGAAGACUAUACCGUGUACAACAAGCUCAGCCGUGAGAUCCGGCAGCUGGCCCAGAAGAUCCGGGACCUGAACGAGAAGGACGGCUUCCGCGCACAGAACACCGCGCGGCUGCUGGAGAAGCUGUACAGCUUGGGUCUGAUCCACACCAAGCAGAGCCUCGCAGUCACUGAGAAAGUCACGGCAUCUUCCUUCUGCAGGAGGCGGCUGCCCAGUAUCCUCGUCAAGCUGAGAAUGGCGCAGAACCUGAAGACGGCCAUCACUUUCAUCGAGCAGGGGCAUGUGCGCGUGGGGCCUGAGAUUGUGACUGACCCUGCUUUCCUCGUCACCAGGAGCGUGGAGGACUUUGUGACGUGGGUGGACUCCUCCAAGAUCAGACAGCACGUCAUGAACUACAAUGAAGAGAGAGAUGAUUUUGACCUGGUGGUGUAGUGGAGACGAGCAGGUCCGGACCACUCCCAAGAUCUACAUUGCAUUGCCCUGGGAUGAGUAGGACUGAAAGGCAAGAGUCCAACCUAGUGGUGCUUCACCAACACCAACCAGCAGAGGGUGGGAGAGAUCUGCUUGCUUUAUGUUGUGACGCCAGGAUUUCUUGGCGAUGACGGAGACCCACUGUCUUUCCUGGUUUUCAUUCUAGCUCGGAGCUCAUAGUUAGUCAGACCAUUUAUUAAAUGAAGUUGCUGAAUUAGACCUCAGUGAUGUGUUAGUCCUGACACACACGGGAUUCACUCACUUAGGGGUUUAAUUAUAGAGAUCAUCAGGAAUGAACAUCAGAAGACUGUGGGACUCCAGGACCAAGGUGAAGUUCCCCUGGUAUGUACAUACUGAACAUAACUUAGUUCCAAAGACACCAUCAAAGCUUUCCAAGCUUUUCCCCCAACGCGAUGGCUUUUGACUGUAAUGCAGUAUGUCAUAUACCUGUUAAGCAGUGGUACUGUUGCAUUGCAGGAGGUGCUGUUCUGUGACACUGAAUUUGGUCCUUUUCGUUUUGUGCAUGUUGCGGUUUUGCACAGCAGACUGUUCCCUUGUAAAGUACCUGGCUUGGUGGCAGUUUUAUUAAGUUUGCAUCUGCAUUUGAGUUGAGGAAUUCCUGUACUAAUUCUAACCCAGAAGUAACUUCAUUCAUAGAUUCUCUGGCUGAAAAACAUGCAGCCCCAAUGCCUUUUUUUUUAACUUGUUACAACAUGAAACAUCACAGUCACCAAGAGAAAUGCACACCUGUAUUUCUGUAGUACACAUUCCUGCCCUGACUCUUUCCCUGGACCUCUGUACUGCUUGCUGACCUGGCCAUGAUCAUGAUCAGUGAACCCAGUAAGGAGCUUCUGACAAAGUGUAUAUUGCAAGUAAUUAAGUAGAUCAGCAUCCCAAUAAUAUAAAUGUUGUUCAUUAACUGUCCUUUUCAAUAAACGUAUAUGAGCUUUUUAAUUGUAA